AUGAACUAUGGGCUUUCGAAAAACAUUGGGCGCCAAAGGAAAAACAAUUUUCGGUUGGACGCGGUUAUGAAAAGGUGCCCCUAAUCUUCACAGUGUUGGUUUAUGGUUUUCAUAGCAUAAAACAUCUGUUUAUUGUAACCAUCUGGUCUGUGGUAGUUUCCUCUGUUGAAUAGAAACUCGGCCUGGUCUGUUCAUUAAUUCGUCGGUUUUAAUAUGUGUGAUGGCUUGACAUGAAAAAAUGAAUAAAUACGAGAUCAGAAAUUCAAGCUUGAAGCUCUAAACGCUUGCCAAGCAGCGAUAGCUCUUGCGAUAUCUUCGUGUUUCUUGAAUCAGUUAGCUGAAAUGCCCAGUUACAAAUCAAGACAAAUUACGUCAUGUAGACAAAAUGAUUGCUAAAGUUAACCGCACUCCAUAAACGCUUUUAAAAGUUUCUUUUACUGGUUAAAUCGGUUUGGAGAUAAUUUGGUUGUGUGCCGCUCUGACGCAUGCAAAUUAGCUUGACUCGUAUUGUUCGCAAAUGAAAACAGCCGAGACAAUUUUCAACUAGUAACCUAUUUUAAGUAAUUUCCUAUCUACGCCGCUUGAAAAUUUUAGGGACUGAACUUUUUAUCACUGUGUAAAGCGUUUUAACGUUCAACAGAGCUACUUCAAGCAUUGGAAAAAAUGUACGCGGUGGUGUGUACACGCUAGCGGACAAAUCCAUGGCUUUGUGGGACAAAGUCAGAAGACGCUUGGGGAAUUCGGAGAACUCCAAUGGAUGCAGUUGUGGUCUGGAAUACCCAAGUACCGAAGGUGUUUUUUACGAAGAUUAUUUUACAAGGUAAGGGCGCGCGCGGAGAGGUAAUUCCUCGGUGAAGUUUACCAAAGUUACGGUUUUUUAGGUUUGUAGGGUUUACAACUGGUGGUAAAAUAUUUCCUCAUCGGCCGCCUGCCUCCGACAACCAGCGCGGUUUUAGCUUUAAAUAUUUCAACGCCAUUUGGAUUUUCUUUUCAGAUCGUUAGCUCAUUAUCAAAACUAAGGCUUCUCGAUGACUCCUAGUUUUGCCGUCGAUUCCCAAACAAAAACGCAGGAAUUUUUUUUUUCUCUGCGAUCUAAAUAAUAAAAAAGAUUGUAAAACAUCACUGAAUUUCCGGUCAUCUCUAAGCUCAAUUAUUCAAAGCGAUUACCCUUAAAAAAUUCUCUUCGAUUUUUCAUGACAAGCUAUUUGAAUGAAGAGCUUUACUGUGAGUUACGUCUUCGAUUCAGUUGAAAAUUCAGGGCACAAAAAAAUCGAACUGUUGGGAUCAAAAGAGCGCGUGAGCGUAAUAUAAGGAGAUUGCAAAAAAAUGCGAAAAGACUGGUCACUAGGUUUUACUUUCCUGUUUACAAAAUGGCGGACCUGUCGUUCGCAUCAAGCUCUGGCUUAGAAACUCAUACAAUUCCUUUGAAAGAAAGGUGAUAUUUCUGGUUAUGUUAUUUUGAUUACGCUUAUAAUUACUUGUUCUUUUUGUUAACCUAAGCUAUUUUCGGCGAUGUUUAAGAUGAAACGAGGAGAAUUUAGUGACAACGAAGAUGUCAGUGUCAGAUCGGCAGAACAGCUUGUUUCUGCUUGUUUGGAUGGCUUUGUUCGAUUUCGUUUUCGUUCAAUCUUUGACUUGCAGAGUUGUUUAUUUGUGGACGUAUAAAUUUUUCAGAUCAACUGUCUUAACAAUCAACCUGUGGUUUAACUGGAAAGCAACAAAAGUGCAAUGUUGAUUUGUUUUCAGUAUAACUGAAUCUUAAAUUAUAAAUAUUGAGUGAGUAUUUAAACAUUUAGACCGUGGAGCUGUUAUAUAAGUUAUUAUGUCAAUAUAAAUGUUUUUACAAUUUUUUUUGUUUAGAUUCUCUUUACUUCUUCUUGAACCUGGAGAGAUUUACUUCGAAGAUUUCAGCGUUUUUUAUUAUCCAUCUGAUUUGCCUGAAGAAGAAGCAAUCAAAAGGUAAGAAAUUAUUUUCUCUGUAACAGAAUGUGAGCUUACCUCUUAAAGAAAGUUUCUACAUGAAGCUUGAAAUGUUAUGUUAUAUCAAUGAAAACCUCUCUGUAAGGCGUUAUUGAAUAAUUUCCAGAAGGGCCCUGUCGGAAUCUGUUAUUUUUACUACAGUAAAGGUUUCAGAAUUAGCUUUUUACCCACAAUGGGUCAUUGGAACUAUUGUCUUUUUACUACAAAACCUGUGGCAAUCGGAGAUCAAGAUCAAGAUCUAUCAGAAUCCUGCCCUCCACAGGAGGUUAGGGGUGCGGAUAAAAACAAAAACCAAUAAAAUGUCCCAUUUCCCAUGGGGCUAGUCCACUUUUAUUUUCCAUCAUGAUUCAGUGAGACCUCAAUAUUCGGGAACCCCUAUUUUAAUGUAAGUUACAUUCUCUGCCCCAGGUACAAUGUACCUGAAUGUGAUUUACAUUAAAAUAAGGGUUUCCCAAUAUUGAGGUCUCACUGAAUCAUGACGGAAAAUGAAAGUGGACUAGCCCCAUGGGAAAUGGGACAUUCCAUUGUUUUUUUUUUUAUCUGCACCCCACACCUCCUAUGGAGGGCGGGAUUCUGAUGUCAUAGUAAAAUGUAUGGAACAGGACACUGAAUAUAUUGAUAUAAUGUACCCCUUUAUAACAAACAAUAUUAUUGUUCGAGUGCUUAAUGGCUCUACGGUGAUAUUGAAGUUCACUGAACAAUGGACAAAUGCUGCAAAUGAAUCCAUUCAUUUAGAAAUAAUAAUAAUAAUAAUGAUAAUGAGAAUAAUAGCAUUGUUGUUCUUCUCUUGCAAGGAAACAAAGAGGGAGAUUAAAGAUCUGUUCCAAGUCUAUACUUUUUGACCCCAUUGAUACUUCUUACCCUAUUUUAAAGGUAUGCUUUGUUACAGUUAACUUUGUUCGAAAAAGAAUCUCGAGUUAUUAACAUCAGGGCUGUCUCAUAGCAGGCAGAUCCUCUCGCCCUUGGGGGAUUUACUGUUGUCUUUGAAAAUCUCUAGUUGAGCCUUUGUAUGGGUACCUGCGGACAUCAAUUUCCUCAUGCUUUUUCUAUGAAAUUGUUGGUUUUCAGGUAAAAAUUAAUCGUCAGAAUUGCCUUGCAUCAUGGCAAUGCUACUAUUGAGCUCAGUACAACCAAAACAACAACAGAAAAGAGAAAAUAAGCAAGCAAAAACUCUGAAUGGGAAGCAUAAUUGUUUUGACAGGUUUCUUUGCGAUCUUUGCAAGACUUACACCGUAAAACUUGAUUGAAAUUGCAAAUUAUGUGACCAUCACUUUAAUCUAUAGAAUCUUGGCUUCUUCAAGUCAACAGCGAUAGUGAUAACUUCAAUUUGGUUGGAAAUACCCAUGCAGAAGCUCCUACAUGACUAGUUGGCUUUUGCUCUACUCCUUUUAGAGUGUAGGGCAGAAGAAUUUAUUCACCAAGAUUUUUAAGCGGUCAGUAUAAAACGCAGACUGCGGACUGCAGACUGCAGACUGUGGACCAUGGGUAAAAUGCAGACUGAGUGUAAAAUGCAGACUGCAGACUGAGAGUAAAAUGCAGACUGGGGUAAAAUGCAGACCGAGCAUAAACUGUAGUCGUAGCAGGGUUCAAGGGCCAAAAACUCCCCCAAAUACAUCUAAACGAACACUUACUUGAAGACAUCUGCUUUCACAAAUCCAUUCAGGACUUUCUUCUCUAGAAUGUUGUCGACGACCCAAAAACAUAUAAUUGCAAUCUUGAACCUUUUUUCCGUCCAAGAGACCUCACACUUCAAGUUUAGACGGGAAGUUUUCAAUAUACGUGACCAGGGACCGUGAAUUGUUACAACACCACGAUGUUUACGCUUAAAUGAAAGCUGCUGACCCAAAAUACUGUACCAGGAAGAAUUAUGGCGAUAAAAGGGAGUAAAUCAUUCUAACAACAAAGAAAGAUGUUCUGCAGGAAAUUUGGAUGACCUUCUAUGAAAGUAUUGCAAAUCAAGGUACACAGACUUAACCUGUUCGGAUGUUCAUUGAAACUUCUGGCGAAUGUGCAAUCCACUUUAACUAGGAAGCGAAGUGUGUAACUGAUACCGCCUAGCUAUUUCACCGAUUUGGAGAAGAAGGAACACAAAUGUUUAAAAAAGUCUACAGUCUUUAUUCUGCAUUUUACCCCAGCCUGCGUUUUACUCUCAGUCUGCAGUCUGCAUUUUACCCCUGGUCCGCAGCCUGCAGUUUGCAGUCCGCAGUCUGUGUUUUACACUGACCGGAUUUUUAAGCCCGUUUUAAGUUGAAAAAAGUCUUUAGUGGAUCUAAAUCUAUGUACAUUGUCCCAGUUAACAUUGUACAGUGUUCAGUAGUGUUCCAUUUCUCAUUUUAAUAUGACCAACGCUAAGUCAACACUAGAGGAAAUGUUUCUGGAUUCACAAAAAUUCAUCGGAAACAUUUUCGUACUUGAACUUUUUUUUUUUCACUUACACUAUGAGAUGUGAAUCCAAAUGGUCUGGUUUCUUCUGUGGAGGUAUUAAAACUGCAAACUACAAUGUAAAGUGAAUGCUAUAUACAGUCUGUACAUCCAAAAAAUGAGGGUUAUCCAGGUAACUGAUGUGUGUAAAGCCUGCAAAUCUAAACGUCUUAAAUGCAAUAAAUCCCAGACAUUUAUGACUGAGGAAAAAUCUCUUUAGUGUAAACCAGGUCUGCGAAUAAAAUUAUUAGUAUCAAGUAUGAAGCUAAGGAAAAAUGAACUUUAUACUUGAACAAAAGUCAUGUUUCUAUUAGCUGCAAUGGUUUGUCAAGGUUGCCUUCAGUAAGCACUGACAGACUAAUAAGCUCAGUAUUACUCAAGGAAGUGAGCACUUUUUUACUGUUAAAUUAACUGAAGUAAAAGAGAUAAAAUGUUCUGAGGCAAUUUUAACUCACAGUCAAUGACCAGGACAAGGUCAUGUACUUAUUUGAUAACAAUUUCUUGCAGUUUCCACUUAGAGAAUGUAUCUCAAUUAUGCACUGGUCUGGAUCACUCAUGUCAAGGUAAAGUGAUUGUCAUUGAAUUGGGCAGCUGGUUGGUCAGUCAGAUAAUCCAUGAUGUUAUGCCUUGUACAUGUAUGUGGUUUUGAUUGUCACUGAGUGGCUGGUUGGACUGAUUAUCUAGACAUGAAUUAGUUUGUUAAUCAGGCUGUUAAGACAAGUUGCAGCAACAAGUCGUGGUGACAUAUCACUCUGUGUGUGCAGGUCCGGCGAGUACAAUUUGUAGUUGCAGCGACACGUUGUGGUGACACGUCGCAGGGACAAAUCACUUUGUGUGUACUUGAGAAUUUUUGUGAAAAUCUUUGUCUCUGCAUGUCACCAUAACAAGUCACACAAAUUCUGUCUGAUUUGAUUUUUUGCGAAAUGUUGCUGCAACAAAAUUCUGUUUAGGAGACAAAGACUUUUACAAAAAUUCUUCAGUACACACAAACCGAUUUGUCACUGCGAUGGGUCCCCACGACCUGUUCUGCAACUUGUCGCCUAGUGUCUACUGACCUUUAGUAAUAAUUCAAUCUUUCAAAAGCAAUCCAUAUUAUUUGUUAGUCAGUUUAAGCCAGUCACUUGUCAGUUGAAGAGUCAGUCAGUGGGUCAAGCAGGCACCUGGUAGUCUGGGUCUAGUAGAUUUUCUUGCAGGGCAUGUAACCUUUAAAGUACUCACUCAGUUUACCUGCCCAAUAUGGACAAAGGUCCCGACUAGUCUUCCCCUAGAACUAUAAAUUAUGUAAAUCAUUAACUGAGACAAAAAAGCAGUGGCCCCAGGCAAGCAUGCAUAGUCUGACAGCUUUUCCCCAAAGGUCAAGCAGGAAUUCAUUUUUUUUUAAGCCCUGUGCUUGCUAUGGUAAGUCAGUCAGCCAGAUAGCCAGUCAGGUAGUCAGUUAGCUAGUGUGAAUGAUUUCAGCUGGCUGGUCAGGUGCAAGCUUCUUAGAAAACUGAGUCUGUUAGACUGUAGUAGUUAUAAAAGGCUUUGUUUUCAAUGAGUUUGGCCACCACAUUUGAUUUGAUUUGCAUUAUUUUCUAAAGAAUUGACACCAAAGGAGAUGUGCUGGCAAUUGAGUCCAAACAAGUCAUAGAAAUGAAAGAGGGCAACACAAUAGCUCCAUAUACAUUUAGAAGAGUGAGUAAUGUAUAUACACCCGUAAAAUAUGAACUUACUGGAUGCAUUGCUGGUCUGAAUGUUGUUUUCCCAUGACUAGAUUUAAAUAUAAAGUCUUAUGAUAAUAUACAUGUGGACUAUGGGAUUCAAGAAUGCAAGCGUGGUCAGUGCCUUGAUGGAGUAAUGGCUGUCUUGUAAUUUUUUGGCAAUAUUUAGCAGCUAUUGGAUGAGGCUGCGUAUGAUCUGAAGAAUUUCACAAAAUCAUACCAAAGCCUAAUCCAAUAGCUGUUUUAUUAUUCAUUCAAAAUAAUUUGCAUUAUGUUAAAACAAUUCUUACAUGUAUGCCUAUAUUGAUGUUUAGAUCAUGAUUUUGUCUGUUCUUCAGCAAAUUCAGAGUAUAAACUAAUAAAGGGAUGUUUAAUUGGUCUAGCAGAUUUUUUCCUUUUUUUCACAAACAACCAUACAUUAUAUAUGGUAUUUUCCAGCUCUACCAAAACAACAUAGCCAACACAACCUUGUCCCCAGGGCUUCCUGGUUCCUGUCCCUUUUUCUGACAAUAGCCUGUACUUUUGACAUCAUUUUACCGGAUAUCACAAAUGCCUUCUAAAUUUGGCCAUGGUAGCUCCUUAUGAGAAAUUUAAGCUGGUGGAUUUGAGGCAAUCAGAAACAGAGAAAUACAUGUAUUUUUAAAAUAUUUUUUGUUCAUUGAGCACUGUCAAAAUGACACCUAGAGCUUUGUGCUAAAGAAUCUAUCAGUAUAUAUAUAUGUUUUUUUCAGUAGUUAUCACUUAUCAUGUACUGAUGGCACUUUUUUUCUCACAUUGCAGGAAAGGAACAAGUAUUUAUUUUCAUUCAAUUUCGUAGCUUUGAAUUUUGUAUUGCCCCAGUUAGAACAGGUAUAUCAGACAUUAUAAUAAUAUUAUGAUGUACAGUUAACAAAUCAGCAACAAUUUUUAUGGUCUGUAUACUCUUAUAAUUAUAACAAAGAAACGACUUCAAAUGUUCAAAACUCAUCAAGUGGAACCAUGAGCCACACUGGUGAGUGGUUCCACUGCAAAGUUUUUAACAUUUCGACAUAAUUUCUAUGGUCUAUGAGAGUACAAACCAUGGAAAAUUGUUGUUGGUUUGUUUUUGUUGAUGUCCAUUUCCGUUGAUGUUUCUCAGAAAAUUGCGGGCACGAGGAAGAGAAAACCAAAUUGCAAUACUGUACUCCCAUCAACCAUGGUUCUCAACCAAUCAGCACAUGAGAAACCAUUUAGUUAUUGUAAGAUUAAUUAUUGAUAGAUCUCAAAACAUACCUCAGCAUGUACAGUAAGUGUAUAUAUGUUGCAUAACAGUGUUGAAUUACCAGUUUAUAUUCACUUGCUGUUUUGUUCAAAAUAUGUGUGUAUGACAACAUAAGUGCAAUUAAUGAAAAAUUAAUAAGACGUUUCUCACCCAAGAAGCGUCUUUUAAAAAUUGAAUGCAAACUGUACCUUUUAAAUGUAUAUUAGCAAGUAGGAUGUGUCAGAGCCAAGUCAUGUCUGAAUUCAAUAAAAAGCAGACAAUUUAUGCACCAUUCAAGCAAGAAAUUUGCAUUUUUAGUAGGAAAUAAUUUUAAAACCUGUUGUGGUUAAUUUGAAUUGCUUUGUGAAGGGAAUUCAAUUUUAAUACUCUAGACAUUAUAUCCACUUCUUUGAACAGAAGUGUACAGUGUAGUUGUGUACAAAAUUUUGAUGAUGCUUUUUUGUGUUUCAUCGUUGACAGCUUCAUAGAGCUUCCACUCUUACGCCAGCUGACCAGCAAGCUAUGGUGGGUUUGAUAUUAAAUAAUUAUUAAGUACCUUGUAGUUAUUAAAGGAAAUAAACCCUUCAUGAGAUUGAUGCAAAAUAAUUUCAAAAAUUUGCAUCAAUUUACAUGUAUAUUAAGUCACUUUAAUGUCUUGAAACGUUAAUUUCUGUACCGUUAAUUAAGUGGAGUGUAAAAUUAAUUUUGGUGACCUUAAUUUUCAUUAUUUUGGAUGCACCUCUGACAUUCUUGACACCUAAGAAAGAAAAGUAUUUUAACAGAGUGGAGAUCCACCAGUAACAGUGAAUCUGUGAACAAAGGACCUUAGAGUGCCCAGAUUUCUUCUCUUGACUUUCUUCGUACAUUUAGGGAAAGUACAUGUAUCAUGAACAAACUUUCCAAAAUCAAGAAUUCCAUUAAUGUUUGGAAUGGCCAAAUUUAAGAAUUUCGAUGUUUGGAGAAGCUAAAAUCAAGAAUUCCAGUGUUUGGAAAAUCUAAAAUCAAGACUUCUAAUGUUUAGAAAAAGACAAAAUCAAGAAAUCCAUGUUGUGGAAAAGCCAAAAUAGAAUAUUUCAAUGUUUGGAAAAGCCAAAACACUGAAUUCUGAUGUUUGGAAAAAACCAACACAGUGAAUUCCAAAGUUUGGAAGGCCAAAAUCCAGAAUUCCAAUAUUGGGAAAGCCAAAAUCCAGAGUUCCAGUGUUUUGGAUAUCAAGAAUUUCAGUGUUUGCAAAAAUAAUCCUUAAAUCAAUAAUUCUAAUCUUUGGAACAGCAAAAACAAGAUCUCUGAUAAAUGUUUGGAACAGCAAAAGCAAGAUCUCUGAUAAAUGUUUGGAACAGCAAAAACAAGAUCUCUGAUAAAUGUUUGGAACAGCAAAAACAAGAUCUGAUAAAUGUUUGGAAUAGCCAAAACAAGAUCUCUGAUAAAUGUUUGGAAUAGCCAAAACAAGAUCUCUGAUAAAUGUUUGGAAUAGCCAAAACAAGAUCUCUGAUAAAUGUUUGGAACAGCAAAAACAAGAUCUCUGAUAAAUGUUUGGAACAGCAAAAACAAGAUCUCUGAUAAAUGUUUGGAACAGCAAAAACAAGAUCUCUGAUAAAUGUUUGGAACAGCAAAAACAAGAUCUCUGAUAAAUGUUUGGAACAGCAAAAACAAGAUCUCUGAUAAAUGUUUGGAACAGCAAAAACAAGAUCUCUGAUAAAUGUUUGGAAUAGCCAAAACAAGAUCUCUGAUAAAUGUUUGGACCCUUGUAAAAAUUUAUUAGCGAUCGCGCCGCGAUGACCGCGAUCGCGGAGCGAUGGCAGCGAUCGCGGCGCGAUUGUGCAUAUCGCGGCGCGAUUUAGAUUAAUCGCGCCCGCGAUAGCGACGUGGUGAUCGCGAUCGCGGCGAGGUUAUAGCGAUCGCGGCGCGGUGAUCGCGAUCGCGAUGCGAUGAUCGCGAUCGCGACGCGGUGAUCGCGAUCGCGACGCGGUGAUCGCGAUCGCGGCGCGAUGAUUUUGAUCGCGGCGCGAUGAUUUUGAUCGCGGCGCGAUAUCAGCGAUCGCGAUGCAAUUGAAGUAAAUCGCGCUUGCAAUAGCGACGCGAAGAUCGCGAUCGCGGCGUAGUGAUCGCGAUCGCGGCGUGGUGAUCGCGAUCGCGGCGUGGUGAUCGCGAUCGCGGCGAAGUUAUAGCGAUCUCAACGCGAUGAUCGUGAUUGCGGGACGAUGAUCGCGAUCGCGGCGCAAUUUUGAAAAAUCGUAUCUGCGAUCCCAAGGUCAGGAUUGCGAUGCUGGCGAUGAAAUCGCGAUCGCGGCGAAGUUAUAACGAUCUCAGAACGAUGAUCGUGAUCGCAGGAACAAGAUUACGAUCGCGGCGCGAUUCAGAAAAAUAUUAUCCGCGAUCUCAGAGUCAGGAUUGCGAUCCUGGCGAUGAAAUCGCGAUCGCAGCGGUAUUGUACUUAUCGCGGCGUGGUGAACGCGAUCGCGGGGAAGAUAGAGCGAUCGCGGCGAAGUUAUAGCGAUCUCAACGUGAUGAUCGUGAUCGCGGGAAGAUGAUCGCGAUCGCGGCGCAAUUUUGAAAAGUCGUAUCUGCGAUCCCAAGGUUAGGAUUGCGAUGCUGGCGAUGAAAUUGCGAUCGCGGCGGAGUUAUAACGAUCUCAGCCCGAUGAUCGUGAUCGCAGGAAGAAGAUUACGAUCGCGGCGCG